UAUAAAAGAGUCUCUCUCUACAUUACAUGUGCUCUGCCGCUUUUAAACCUCUCUUCUUCUUCCUCGUGUCACUCUUUUCUCACACUCUCUCUGCACACACAAAAUAAAAAUAAAAAAAACAAUUUUUUUUAUUUUGUCUCUCUGCCCAAAUUUUUAUUUUUCCAGGAAUAUUUCCUAGAAAAACCCAAGCAAAGCUUUAAGCCUUCCUCUCCCCCAAAAGUAGCAUCUUCCUCUUUAUUUUUUUCUCACCUUAUCUCUCUCCCUCUAUCGUUUGUGAAACGAUUCCCAUAAGAAUAUAACCAAAAGCUCUUUUACCUUACCCCCACCCUUUCUUCAACUUUCCGGGAAAAAAAAAAAGAAAAAAUCCUUCACGCUUCAAGGCUUCUUCUCUCUCGCAGUGUUUUUAUUUCGUGCCUUUUGUUCUUUCUGUAAAACAAAAAAAAAUUCGCGUCCUUUGAGAAAACUUUUUGUUACCAGAGAGAAGAAGAGAAGAGCACCACUCAUGUUCUUCAAGUUUCAUCCUAAAAAAAAACCCAUCUUUAUUCUUUGUCUCUUUUCUUUUUUUUUUGCUUUAUGCUAUAAAAACCCACAUAGAGAGACACAGUCACAGUCUUGAGUGAAAUAAACAGAGAGAGAAAAAAAAUGGAAGCGGAGAAGACAAUGGUUGUACCGAGGGUAAAAUUCACAGAGCACAAAACCAACACGACGAGAAUCGUACCGGAUUUAACCAACAACCACCAAACCAGGGUUCUUCGUAUCUCAGUCACUGACCCUUACGCUACUGAUUCCUCUAGCGACGACGACGACGACGUAGAUGAAGCGCAAAACAACAGAUUCGUCUCUAAACGCCGUCGUAUCAAGAAGUUCGUCAACGAGGUGGUUCUCGAUUCCGGCGGUGCUCCUGUUGUUACUUAUAGCGAAACCGAGUUGAAGAAGAGAAAGAGAGAGGUUAAGUCGGAGUCUACUACUGCUUCUCCCGUUGUUUCAGCUUCUACAACGACGACGACGACGGCGACGGGAGAGAAGAAGUUCCGGGGAGUGAGACAGCGUCCUUGGGGGAAAUGGGCGGCGGAGAUAAGAGAUCCGCUUAAACGUGUACGUCUCUGGUUAGGUACUUACAACACCGCGGAAGAAGCUGCCAUGGUUUACGACAACGCCGCCAUUCAGCUCCGUGGUCCCGACGCUCUCACUAAUUUCUCAGUUACUCCUACCACCACGACGUCUGAGAAAAAAUCCCCACCACCUUCUCCGGUGAAUAAGCAGAAGAAGAAGACCACGACGAAGAAGAAGAACAGCAAAACCAAAAACUCCGUGACAGCUUCUUCAACAAUCAGCGGAAGCAGCAGCAACGACUGUCUCUGUUCUCCUGUUUCCGUUCUCCGAUCUCCGUUCACCGUCGACGAAUUCUCCGGAAGCUCUUCACCACCAGCGGUUGCAGCGGUGGUUACUGUCAAGGAAGAGCCGUCGAUGACGACGGUGUCGGAGACUUUCUCUGAUUUCUCUGCGCCGCUGUUCUCAGACGACGACUUGUUCGAUUUCAGAAGCUCGGUGGUUCCAGACUAUCUCGGCGGCGGCGAUUUAUUCAGGGAAGAUCUGUUCGCGGUGGAUAUGUGUACGGAUAUGAACUUCGGAUUCGAUUUCGGAUCUUCCGGAUUAUCCAGCUGGCAGAUAGAGGACCAUUUUCAAGAUAUUGGGGAUCUAUUCGGGUCGGAUCCUCUUUUAGCUGUUUAAAAUUUUAAAUAAAUAAAUAAAUAGUUUUUUUUACCGGCCGUUACUAAACGGAACCCGGAGGAAGUUUUGUAUACCGGUGAGAUAAUCUCGGUGAUGUUCGUUGUUAAUUUUUUUUUUUUUCCGUUGUGAGAUAUAAUUAUAUACUAUAAGUCAAAUUGUAUUAAUGUAGUUAAAUGGUGAUAUUAAUUAUGAAUGUUAUUAACGUUUGUUGAAAUGACUCCGUCUGUUAACGGUAAUGGGAGGUCGUGUUUCUUUUUGCU